CACCUCCCUCCCGGGUGAAGUGUGCGGGCCGGGGCGCCUCGGGCUGCAGACUGUGCUGCGCGGGUCACUGAGGUCAUGGCUGCGCGGCCCGUCACUCUCGGCAUUGACCUGGGCACCACAUCUGUGAAGGCGGCCCUGCUAGGGGCUGCGCCUGAGGACCCAUCCGAAUUCGUGGUCCUGGCGAGCUCUGCCCGGGCUGCGCGAGCAGAGGUGGCAGCAGAGAGCUCGGCGGCCGGGCCCCAGGGACGGGAGCAGGAUGUGAGUAGAAUCAUCCAGGCCCUCAACGAGUGCAUUGCUGCCCUUCCUCGGCAACAGCUCCGGAACAUCAGGGGCAUCGGAGUGUCGGGACAAAUGCAUGGAGUCAUGUUUUGGAAAACAGGCCAAGGCUGUGAAUGGACAGAGGGAGGGGCUGCCCCCCUGUUCGAGCCCAGAGCUGUGAGCCACCUGAUCACAUGGCAGGAUGGCCGGUGUAGCAGUGGGUUCCUGGCCUCUCUGCCCCAGCCAGAAUCCCAUCUCAGCGUGGCCACGGGGUUCGGCUGUGCAACCAUCUUCUGGCUUUUGAAAAAUCGCCCAGAGUUCCUGAAGUCCUACGAUGCAGCUGGCACCAUCCACGACUAUGUGGUUGCCAUGCUGUGUGGCUUGCCGAGACCCCUGAUGUCUGACCAGAAUGCUGCUAGCUGGGGAUAUUUCAACACUCAGAGCCAAAGCUGGAACUCGGAGAUACUGAAGGGCUCAGGCUUUCCCAUCCACCUGCUCCCGGACAUCGCUGAGCCUGGCAGUGUGGCAGGCAGAACUUCCCACGUGUGGCUUGAAAUCCCAAAGGGGACGCUGGUGGGAGUGGCCAUGGGUGAUUUACAGGCCUCUGUCUAUUCCUGCAUGGCCCAAAGGACAGACGCAGUUCUCAACAUCAGCACCUCGGUCCAGCUGGCAGCCUCCAUGCCUGCAGGGUUCCAGCCGGCGCAGACCCCAGACCCCGCGGCUCCCGUCGCCUACUUCCCAUACUUCAACAGGACGUACCUGGGGGUGGCAGCAUCUCUCAACGGGGGCAACGUGCUGGCCACGUUCGUCCACAUGCUGGCUGAGUGGAUGGCAGAUCUAGGCCUGGAGGUUGAAGAGUCCACUGUGUAUUCACGCAUGAUCCAGGCAGCUGUGCAGCAGAAAGACACCUGCCUAACCAUCACCCCAACAGUGCUGGGGGAGAGGCACCUGCCGGACGAGCUGGCCUCAGUGACCAGAAUCUCCUCCUCUGACCUCUCCCUGGGGCACGUGACCCGCGCCCUGUGCCGAGGCAUUGUUCAGAACCUGCACUCCAUGCUCCCGUUUCAGCAGCUGCAGGAGUGGGGCGUGGAGCGGGUGAUGGGCAGUGGGAGCGCACUGUCCAGGAACGAGGUGCUGAAGCAGGAGGUGCAGAGGGCUUUCCCUUUGCCGGUGGCCUUUGGGCAGGACGUGGACGCAGCUGUCGGGGCAGCUCUGAUCAUGCUCCAGAAAAACCUCCACCAGAAGUCUUAGCAAGCUCUUUGGCCAAAGGACUGCUGUGAAUUUUACCCAGUUAACAUUCCUAAAACCAUCUCUGGGUCAUCCUUUCCUGGACAGCUUUUAAGCAAUGCUUGUCACAGGACACCACCAUGAACGAGGACUUACCUUCCAGACACAUACUCUGAUAUUGGAGCCAGGAGUCACCAGCCAGAUCCAAACCAGUGCCUUCUGAAAGAGACCCGUGUGGGAGCUGUUUGGAAAUGUGAGUGAGUGUGUGUGUGUGUGUGUGUGUGUGUGUGUGUGUGUGAGAGAGAGAGAGAGAGAGAGAGAGAGGGAGAACGCGAGAGUGAGAGAGAGCACGCGAAUUGUAGCCCAGCCACCUGGUCAUCUCUGGUUCACUUGUAGACAGAGAGAAAAUAAAUGUGAACUUCAGACAACAAAAAGUCUGGUGGCUGUCACUCCAAGUAAGAAAAGAAGAACCACCCCAUGUCCAACUUUUGGAUUAUUGUUUUUAGAGACAUGAAGCCCAGACUUGGGUCACACGCAGUGCUGGAAAAGUCUUUCCCUGCUGGGUUGUACGAUGUGGCUGGAGGCCCCUUUCCCAGCCUCAUUCUUCCCUGGGCACAGCAGUUUAGCUGGGGCACGCGGUAAUACAAGCUGGCUCAGGUGACGAUGCAGAGGUCUGUGCUGGCCUCUUGCUGUGUGUGCUACACCUGAUCUUAGCCAACAGGCCGAGAUGCGAUUGCUGUGUGUACUUACCCCCAGGUGCACUGGGGCAGCCCUAGGUCCUCACAACACAACGGGCUUGAAGGCACAUCACAGGCAGGGAAAGGUGGAUGGCAGGGCCAGCACCAUUUGACACACUGUUCCCAGGAAUCUGACGAGGCACUGACAGGACCCUUUUCCAGGAGUGUGUCUGUGCAGCAGUGUGUUUUUGCCUCUGCACACCCCGAGAAGCCUUCCUGGGAAGGCACGCAGCCAGGCAGACUCCUGCCAGAGGGGUGGCCGGUUUUAUCAGAAAGCACCCCUUUGCCCACAGCCUCCAGCUCCUUUUUCACGGUGUGGGCCUUGCUGGCCCAUCGUGUGUUCCUGGCUCAGCAGAAGCAUCCGUGUGAGCCGGCAUCGCUGGAGGGCCCCAGAGCAUCUUAAGUCUUCCUGGGGUGGGCAGGGAUGGCUGUGGAAUGGCUUCCAGGAAAGGGCCACCAUUGCUGCAUCUGCUUCCAGACACCCAAAGGACCCCAGGCUCAGGCAGGCCUGGCUCUGAGGCACCCAGGCAACCGUGAGUUUGGGAAGCAGCCAUUAUUUUCUUUUAAUAAAUGUCAUUUUACAAAUUA